AUGUCCCAAACUAUCCGUCACACCUGUGGAUCGUCAUGGUCCAGCGAUGAUGAACCCGUCGCCGGGCGACGGUUUUUGUCCCGCAUCGUCGUCGUCACUGUCGCCUGCGCAAUGUUCCCCGCCUUUUCAUUACGACAGUCUAGCAGGGCGAUGUCGCCCGCGUCAGCGUCGCCCAGCAACUCUCAGUCGCUGGCGCCCGAAUCUGAGUUUUACGCAUACCCGCCGCCGCCGCCGCCGCCGCCGCCGCCGCCUACUGCGCUCUCGCCGACGUUCUCACUCCCCACCUACGCGUCCUACACCGCGUCGCACCCUCCUUCUUCCCUCUGCGGCCCCACCGCGCUCCCCGCGCCGCUCGCUUCGAGGUCUCCUUCCGCGUCCUCCGCCACCUCCUUCCCGUCGUCGUCGUCGCCGCGACGACAUCCUUCCGCGUCGUCCUCGUCGGAAGCGGAGGAACUCGGCCCCUCCGCGUGCCCCUUCCACGCCAGCUUGCUCUCCGAGUACGCGCCCUUCUCCGCUUUAGUCAACGGCACGGUCAACGCGGGGGUCAGCGGAACGGUCAACGGGGGGUUCAACGGAUUGGUCAACUCGAGGGGCGUCAACGCGAUGUCGCCGCCCGCAUCCUUUCCCUCUCGCCUCGCCAAAGCGCCGCUGGAGAGAACGAGUUCGGGGACCGCGGCACUACGCGGGGGGCUCGCCGCGGGCGGAAAUGGCGGAGCUUUCCCCGGGGUGGCGGAAGCGAGCGCGGGGAUAUGUAGUCGCGAGCUGAUGUCGACGAUUGUUACAGCUCACGACAUUUUCGCACGCGACAUGGCGUGGUACGCGGAGAACGCGGCCUCGGGAUUGGUUUUCGGCAACAUGAAGACGCUCAUGGGCCAGGUGGUUACCGCGGGUGACGUCAUCGUGAGCAAUGACGUGGCGUCGGAUCCGCGGUCGACAGGAGUGCCGCCCGGACACCCGCCCAUGACGACGUUUCUUGGCGUGCCGCUGUUCUCAGGCUCUCGUCUCGUCGGCAUGUUCGCAGUGACCAAUCGCGAGGGCGGCUACAGCAAGUCCCUAGUCACAGAGCUGCACGCGCUAACCAAGACAGUGGGGCAGGUUGUAGCGGGGAUACAGCAGCGGCGCCAGCGGUGGGAGCGCGAGGAGCGGUUGAAUGCGGUGCUGGAAGGUACCUGCCAGGCUGUGCUGUCAGUAGCUCCGUCCGGCCGGCUCUCCUGCAUCAACCGCGCUGCUCGGAGCCUCUUUGGGGUUCCGGACCAAGCCAUGGGUCCCCACCCCUCCGGAGGAGGAGCAACGUCAUCCUUGGGUCAGUCGCUUGCUACCCUAUGUGAAUCCGAGCUCCUGAUAUCGGAUUUGAUUGAGAGUGUUGAUGGGGAUGCGGAUUUUAUGCGACAAGAAGUGCUGCAAAGAUUUGCUGACUCGGGAGAUUCACUUCCCGCUGUAGGCCUGUACCAUAGAGACUGGUGCAGCCAUGAACGGAGGAGCUUCCAAGGUCGCUCUGAUCGUGACAUGUCGGCAGCUGCUGUCAGGAUCAAUCUCCGUGUGAGAGUGACACGUGGCGAGACGCCACAGGUGGCAUACGUGCUGACGGUGCAGCUGGCAGGAGGAGCAUCAUCAACCGAGAGAGGAUUCCCUUACCGUCACACAUCUUGUGGGCGUGCAGAAGGGAUCUGGAGAGGAGUAGCAGCAGACAGGGUUGUGGGCGGGGAUGGGGAGGGAGAGGAGGAUGGGCACGAGUGUCAACUGCUGGAUGAAGAUGGGACACUCACCAUCGUGGUCUGA